CCGGGAGCAGCUUCUGCGGCUGGGAAUCAAGUGCACUGGUCGUUCUCAUCAGUUUUCUCGCCUCCUCCCGCAGAUAUGACCGAGAACAUCUGAAUAAAAUCGCAUUCCUAGAUGUCCCGUCCACUUUGGGUUAGUUUAUUUCACGCCUGAGGAUUAUAUUGUGGACUCUAAUGGCUUUUAAAGACUCCUGAGGGGGGAUUCCUAAAGCUCUUCCUGGACCUGGACAGAACUGUACCUACCUGUCAAUAUGUCCAGCUGGAGUGUGAUGGUCUGUACGCACAGGGCUUAUGGAAUAUAGCCUGUUCUGUCACCAUUUUUACGCACUCUCCGUCAGUCCCGUGAAGAAGAAACUCGGGCUCCUCUUCAUCAUGCUGCUCCUCUGGGUCUACAUGCUGUACUCCUGCGUGGGCUACUGUGCCACUAUGCCACCAAGUUUAGUUGUGAACAAUAAUAAUAACCGAGCGAAGGAGACGGAUUUCCUCGGGAAAUAUGCUGAGGCAGAAAGUGGCCGGCCGGACCUGAUGAUGUCCAAGCUCCUGUCCAGACCGCAGAGCUCGUGGACCGACGUAGAGUCAGAUUAUGAUGAGCCUACGGUCCGGAGAGCUCCCAGAGACUUCAAUAAAGAUGAAGUAGAUUUGGACCGAGAUGAGGAGUGGGACGACGGGCGGAGAGUUUACCCGCUGUCAAGUUUCUCCAACGGCUCGGGCAGUAAGAAGCUGCCUCAGGCGAUCAUUAUCGGCGUGAAAAAGGGCGGAACGCGCGCGCUGCUGGAGUUUCUGCGCGUGCAU